GAAUCCCCUCUUCACGUUUUCCCAUCUCUCCCCAACUCGUCCCCCAUCGACAAGUUACUCACUUACGCUUUCUUACUACCACCUCUCGUGAACUGUUUUUUUGCCGCAAUGGAUCCUGCUUAUCGUAACAAGAAGAUCGUCGACCUGACCGAGGAAGAGGCCACAACCCUCGCGUUCUUGGGCCCAAACGUUGCUCCGGGUGUCAGAGUCAUGGUUGACAAAGUGAGGGCUGAUCCCACGAACCUUGGCUCCUCGACCUGCUUCAUGAUCGACUGUAUCAAUCGCAGAUACCCAGCCCAGGCUCCCCCACAAGACACUGUGGCCUCUCCUACGUUUCCCGCCUCUCCCACCUUUCCCACCUCUCCCACCAUCAGCGAGGCCGAUACCCUCUACUCCCGGCUCAGUAACGACUCAGAAGCCCUCACCGUCGUCUCCCCCGCACUCAUCUCCAAGUUCGAGAUGACCUACUGGUAUCAUGGCAUUUCCGACAACCCUCCCAAACUCAUGUGGCGUUCCGAUUUCGAGUCCAACCCCUUCCCCCUCCCCGCGCUUGGCGCCCGCUCCUUCAAAAUCCCCCAGAAAACUGCCCAUGGUGUCUUCAAUACGCCGCUUAACGCUGUGUGGGGUACUGUCGCUCCUCAGAUCCUAGCGUCGAUGAAGGCCCAUGGCCUUAAGUACUCUGCGCUGAAGACAGUGCGCUUCUCGACCGUCGAGGAUGGCAAGGAGGAAACUUUGGGCCCAGUCGUGGUAUGGAUCGCGGUUCGUCCCAACACCACCAACGCCGAGGCUGUUCGCGAUGCCACGCCCGAUAUCCUUAACAUCCUCGCUGAAUCCCAGAUCGACGAUGUCACCGUCGAGUGGUACGAAGGGUCGGUCGAAAGGCUGGUCGGCCCGCCUCUGAUGAGCGUCGAGGACAACACCAGUCCCAUAUUCGGCCUCAACCACCCCUUUAACACUGGCCUCGGCAUCCCCAUCGCCAGGCAGUCCGAUGAUGCGCAGGGCACUCUCACGCUCCUGAUCCGGGAGAUGAAGGCCAGCAACGGCGACCCCAGUGAUAGAAUCCUCGCCCUCGCCAACAAACACGUCGCCUCCGUCGACACGACCACCCCUUACGAGUUGGACGUGACCAACCCUCAACAUAUCCUUGUCUGUGGUGAACGUCGUUUCGCUCGUGCUCUCAGUUCUCCCAACGCUCUCCCAACGCGCCAGUGCUGAUGAACCGUUUGAGUAUAUGAGCCGUUGAAACAGCUUUUGGUCUAUAGGUCGCGAUUACCCACGAGAACGCUAGAUCGCGGCCAUAGUGUCUGUCGCUGGUUGUAUGAUCGCAGGCUCGCGGUGUGUCAUAGCAGAUGAAUGCCGGUGCCCAGAAAGCGCUGGGGCCGGGUGGUACAAAAGUACACGACGCUGUGAAGACGGUUGCGAUGAAGCGAGCACUCGACUAUGUAAUCAGGAGUCGGUGAUACUUGGGUAGCGUUCGCCGCUCUCGCGCCAACAGCGUCGCGGGCUGUCCGUAUGCAUUUGGCUGCAUUAACUGGUGAUCGAUGAGUCGUGGAGACGUUCUGGGCAGUGCUUGAUUUUAUAUUAUCACAUCGCUUGGGGUCGGCGAGCGACUCCGGCGAGAUUACGCUCCAUCUUAUAUAUUCACUUA